GUCAAUUCUUUUUGAAAAUCCCAUUGUUUCUGACAUUUUUCAAUAGUUUUGGCAUAUUUUACAAUGUUUCAAAUCAAAAUUAAAAUCACCAAAACAUGCUUCCUUUGUUAGACGUUUAGACGAAAAAAGUAUACGAUUUUUAUGUGUUAUUCAAACUUUGACUACCAUCUAAAGGGAAAAAUGUAAGUUUGCCGCUACCCUAGUCAUCUUUUGGUCUCGGGAAGCGCUUUAAGAUAUUCUAUCGAGGUCCAGGGCGAAGCUCCGGCCACCAAAUAUUUUUCAGCAUUUCUGAGCUUCAGAAAUUCAUUCUCAUGAAGUCUAUCGUUUACAAUUUCUACUAGAAAGAAGUUUGCAGGUCAACUCAAAUUCAAUUCAGAAGAGGUGAAGUGUGAGACGUAAUCCAGGCAGUGUUUCUCAAACUUUUACCGUUGACGCCCCUGCACGCUAAACGUUUUUGUUUUUCAAAAAUAGUGCUAUGUACAUAAUUUCAGAGUUGGAUAGAGGUAUUGUAAACCGAAGAUAAUUACUUCUUAUGGGUAUCUUUCUGUUGAUCUAAUCGUGCAUGUCAAUCAAACACUUAAUUGUUGCAAUUGUUGUUGUUUUUUUUUGGCUUAUUCAGGCAACCCUUACUUCCUCUGAUGAUACAAAUACUCCUAGCAUAUAGGAUUAAUUUUUUUUACUGAGUAUCUAUUAAAGUAUUCAAAAUUUAUUUUAAGCAAAAAAUGAUUCCAAAUUGAUAAGAAUGAUUAUCGACAUUCAGUGUAUGGAUAACUUAUAAAUCACAUCGCUUUCCUAGUAAAAAUGUUAACAUAUCUGUUCACGGCACCAUUCACUCCGCCCCUGAUUGUCCCUACUGCUUGCAUUUCAAUCUGCCAACGGAUACGACGUCCCUAGAUCAGAGUGCUAACGUUUCCUAAAGGUAAAUCCAUAUGUUACGAAAGUAAAAAAAAAAAUGCUUUACACUUCCGGGUUAAUGUGUUUAUUUUACACGCACUUCGGCUAGGAGGACUCCAUGAAUUAGAGGUGUUUUCUUGUACCCGCACCAUUACGAAGUAGAACAAUGUAGAGAAUCAAGAACAAGCCAAACAUGAAACAUUUGGUCAGAUUUUUCUGCUUGAUUUCUGCUCUUGUUGGGCAAAGAAGCUGUGUGACUCAAGGACCCAUUGAUCUCGUGUUUGUCCUAGAUGGAUCCAUUGAACUAAAUGAGUAUUUCUUUGAGAAAGCUUUAGAAUCAGUUGCUGGAUAUAUGGACGAAAUUAAUAUUGGACCCAAUAAAACUCAUGUAGGUGUUGUACUGUAUAGUACAGACGUGAGUGACUUUGUGCCCCUGAUGUCAGAUGCCGAAGUCUUGAAAUCAAGAGUUAAAAACUUCAAGUAUCCAGCCUCGACCAGAGCCACCCAUGUAGGGAUUAGGAAAGCGGUGGACAUCCUGACCAAGGUGAAACGUAAUGUAUCGCAGGUGAUGAUAAUCAUCUCCUCUGGGAAGUCGGAAAACAGAAUGAAAACAAAACUGGAAUCUGAACUAGCGCAAGCCAAAGGCAUCGACAUUUGGGGUCUAGGAAUUUUUCCAUAUCUGAGCAUGGCGGAGUUGGUUUCUUUAACAAAUAACGGAUCGAGUCAGGCUUUUGAAAUAGAAAACAUACGACAAUUCUUUGGAGCCUUUACGAAAUUAACAAUAGGAGAAACUGACAACUUUUAUACUUAUCGAGAGCCUGUUGAUCUUGUAUUCGCUAUUGACUUGUCCUACAAACUUGGAGAGGAGAAGUUUCAACUUAUUCAAAGCACGCUCCUGAAAUGUUUGAAGCUGCUCUUCAUGGGUCCAUCAGACACACAGGUUGGAGUCCUGGUCUCUACAUCUGCACCGUCUAUACCACUACAGUCAGAUUACGAAACAUUAUAUUCCAGCGUAUCAAGUCUGAAGUUUUCUGACAGGGGCGUGACCACAGCCAAGGUUCUCGGUGCGGCUAUCGAUAGUUUACUUGCCACAGAGAGGCAGGUGCCUAAAACUAUAGUUCUGAUAACCGACGGAGAGCACAUGAGCACGUACAAAAAUGAAACUCAAAGUGAAGCUUCAAGAGCGAGAGACCAAAACAUCACCCUCUGGGGAGUAGGCAUUGGGUGCACGUUUCUUCUUAUGGAGGAUUUGUGUCGCAUCUCACAGGCUAUGUAUCUGAAAGAUUUGACCACAAACCUACAGACGUUGGAGUACAGCAGGACAGUGGUCACAAACGUAACAAAGACAUUCAAAUCGGUUCCCAGAUCUGAUACGUGGGCGCCAAUUUCAGAAAACAGAUUUGAAAGAGAAAAGAAUUGUAAGCAUUACUUGUCUGGUGGAUGAAUCUAGAAAGAGAGAGACAAAGCUCAAGCGUGGAUGAGGAUCAGGCUUUUACUAGAAUGGGGUCAAGGACACGAUUAGACACACUUCCUGUUUCUUUUUCACGUGCUUCUAGGAAAUAGUGUCUGAGCACGUGGUCUUCUGACAAAUUAUAGGAUAGGAUCCAAAUUCAUUUAUUAAACAUAUAUAUUCAUAUACCAUUACAUAUAUAUAUACUGUUUGUAUUUUUGUGUCUACAUCAAUAUAUAAUGUCAAUGUUUAUGGAUAGAAUUAGGUUGAACAAAUCUCUAUAAAUAUUAUCUUGAUAUUUUAAAUUAGAAUCUAAUUGCUGGGCAAUAGUGCCAUUGACCUGUUUCUGUUUCGUUGGGAACUUUAUUGUUUAUCUCCCUUCUUAGAUUUGAUAUAACAUAUAAAAUUUGAUGUACUAUUUGAUAUAUUAUUGACAUAUGUUCCAUUUUUUUUCUUUUAUUGUUAAUUAAAAGUCUGCAUGUAUUUCCAGACUAUCUUUAUAUUUGAAUAUUAUUGAUAGAAUUAACAGAUUAUUACAUGUUGAUACUUCAUAUAUUCAUUAAAUAUAUUUGACUACACCAUAAUGUGUCUAUACCACAUACCUUACUGUUGGAAGAAUGCCGAUCGUUGUUAUUGAUUGAUUCAGAUCAAUAUAGGCGAUAAUUUUUUUCUCAGUAUUUUUCUAGUUCAAUCUUAUACACAACACAAAACAAAGUGGCGGAGACUUCUAGGGGCGCCGUCGCCAUAAUUGAAUGUUCCACAAUAUCAGCGUCACAGUAGGCAAAGGUUUGGAUUUAUAUUGUAGAGCGAAUACUGUGAAGUCAAACUACCAUUUUUUAAAGAAAAUUGGUUACAUUAACAUUGUCAUACUCAAUAAUACUCAUAACAGAGAACAACAAACAAUGCAAUAAUAACUGUAGUUCUAACUGAGGGUCCAUAGUCUCCACUUCACGGGGCUAGAACAAAGGUUACUUCGUCAAAAAAAGGCGACGAUUCGUUGACUUUUUUUGUUGUAUAGUUCAUGAUCAUUUACAGCGUUCGUUGUAAUAUACCCGCCGCAGCUCAUUCGUUAUAAACUCAUCAUCGUAAAUAUAGGAACAUAAGCGAUUAACCAGAACGAGAUUAGAUUAGAUUGUUAUUAUAAUUUCGAGGAAUUAACCCUUAAAACGCGUGUGGUACUUUAGCCUCUAAACAUCAGCAUUGUAAAUUCCAUUGUGUAUGCACUCACUGUAAAGCAGCUCAGCACUUUAAGGGUUAAGGUCUCAGAUUUCUGAACACACAUGAAUUCAAAACUGUUCAUAGUUCAUGAUGUACUUGAAAUUAUUUCUUAUCUUAUCUUAUAUAAUACAGACGUUACUUCAAAAAGAAGAUGAUUACGUCCUACGCGUCAUGCAUUUAGUCAUGCAUAUUAACCAAUGACUUAAAUUCUGCCAAGUCACUGGUUUUCCUGGCUACCUCAGGCAACCCGUUCCAUGCUCUAAUAGCACUAGGGAAGAAGGAGUAUUUGUACAAAUUUGUCCUAGCAUAUGGGACGAGGAAUGUGCCUUUAUCUUUGUGUCUUUCAGAGUAUUUUAUUAAAUUUUGUUUUUGUAUUUGAAGAUUAUGGUUCAGUGUUUUAUGUAUAAUUGCUACUUUACUUUUCAGUCUUCUGUUCUGAAGGCUUUCUAAAUUUAGUGAUUUUACUAAAGGUGUUACUCUAGUCAAAUGUGAAUAUUCGUUUGUUAUGAAUCUCACUGCUCUUUUUGGUGUUGUCUGUUCCAGUUUCUUAAUGUUUUCUUGAGUUGAGGGGUCCGAAACGGAGGAUGCAUAUUCUAUUAUUGGCAUUACCAAUGUUAUUUGGUUACUAUCACUGUCAAAGUUCGGCGCAACACUUACAAGACGAGGGAAUUUUAAAGUUAAUGUACUGCAUGCCAGUUGAACAUUGCUUCAAGUGAAUUCCUGGUAUUAAUAGUGAAUUGUCACCCUGUUGUCUGACCAUGUUGCCUUUAAAUCUUCCCAGCAGAGGUGCAUUGAAGCCUUCAGGAAACCAUUACGUAAAGUGUGUUCUGGCGAUAAUUUGUCCCCCUUGAAAUCCCCGGACAACUAGGACAGUAACACCCCCUCCCCCUUGAUUGCCAAGUUCGAUUUACAUCGAAUGUUAUUUAAAUAUAAAAUGAAAAUUGUAAGCCCCAGUAUAAUACAUUUAUAUUACAUUCAUUAAUUCUCAUUCUUUUUUUUUUCAACUAAAUAUGUAUGUUUAAUUGAACACCAUUAA